AUCUGUGACACUUCACUCCAUGUUCGCGAUGUACAGGGCAUUUUGUGCAAGUUUGUUUGCUGCCCAGUGCCUCUACUUCGCCGCGCUUGUCCAAGCACACGUCUUCCUAACUUAUCCGGGUUGGAGGGGCAACAACCUGGGACACAAUGACGACUCUCCGUUUGGAAUGCAAUGGAUGUACCCAUGCGGUGGCCUGCCGGUCACCACCAACCGCACGUACUGGCCUAUCGACGGCGGCGCGGUGGGAAUGCAGCCGGGCUGGUUCACAGGACACAAAACGGCGUUGAUGUACAUCAAUAUCGGGUUGGGCGAGUCACCCGACAACUACUCGUGGCCGAUUACCAAAUUCCAUCUGCAAGGCCCUACCGACGCGCCGUAUCCAGACACAGUCUGUCUGCCCAAGCUCUGGCUGCCCGAAGAUGUGAGGAGCCGGAUCAAGAGCGGAGAUCUCGCGACGAUCCAGGUGGUCCAGGCCGCGAAGCAUGGCGCCGGGCUGUUUACGUGCGCCGACAUCAUCUUUACCGACAAUGAUAGCAAGGUGCCGGCCUUGGACGAGUCAAACUGCUCCAAUUCGACCGGUGUUCGCAUCUCGGACGUGGCGAUACUCGGCGCAGGGGAGCUGCCCACUGCCUGCGCAAGCCUCGGCCUGGCUGCCACGACAGCAGUGGCAGGCACGGAAGCAACAGGCUCGGGAGGGAUGUGGGCAUGGUCCUGUGAGGAAAACGGGCGGUCACAACUGUUCAACGUGUCGGGCGGCAAUACGACGCGCUGCCCGUCCUCAAGCCCUUCCCCAAGUCAAAGUGCAGGACAACAGAAUGGCGUGCAGGGCGUCGGGGCGAGGAAUGGCCUCAUGGUAGCGGUGCCCGUGGCAGCCACCCUUAUGGUACUGCUCGGCGCAUUGUAGCCAGCUAGAAAAUAACGAUACGGAAUAUCAGAGGCUGCUGCGUGCAUACUAAUGAUAGGGUGGUAGAAGCAUCUCGUUUUGUUUCUUUUUUUUUUAAAAAAAAAAGUUAACGUUAUCAAAAAAA